CGGCUGCGCGGGGGCGGGGGAGGAUGGGGCUGUGCCCCGGCGGGCCCCGCGCUGCCCGCCCGCGGAGGAGGGCGGCUUAGCUGCCGCAGCCCACGCCGGCGGGCCGCGCUGCGGGGCCGCCUCCGCGGAUGAGCCGCCGGGGGGAACCGCCGGCGAGUGCAGCCGCAGGGCGCCGCAGCCGCCGCCUCCUCCCCCGCCGCCGCUCCCUCUUGUCGCCGCUGCCGCCCAUGGCUUCCCGCCACCCCCGCUGACCGGCCGCCCCUCGCCUCCUCCCGAGCCGAGCCGGGCCGGGCCGGGGCCGGGCAGAGAAGAUGGGGAACACCACGUCCUGCUGCGUCUCCUCCAGCCCCAAGCUGCGCCGGAAUGCCCACUCUCGGCUGGAGUCCUACCGCCCCGAGGCCGAGCUGAGCCGGGAGGACACGGGCUGCAACCUGCAGCACAUCAGCGACCGGGAGAACAUCGACGAUUUGAACAUGGAAUUCAACCCAUCAGAUCAUCCACGGGCCAGUACGAUAUUUCUCAGUAAAUCACAAACAGAUGUGAGAGAAAAACGCAAGAGUCUCUAUAUAAACCACCAUCCUCCUGGGCAGUUGAGAAGGAAGUACAGCUCCUGCUCCACUAUUUUCCUGGAUGACAGCACGGUCAGUCAACCAAACCUCAAGUAUACCAUCAAAUGUGUAGCUCUUGCAAUAUAUUACCACAUCAAAAACAGGGACACAGACGGAAGAAUGCUCUUAGAUAUUUUUGAUGAAAACCUUCAUCCCCUUUCGAAAUCCGAAGUGCCACCAGACUAUGACAAACAUGACCCGGAGCAGAAACAGAUUUACCGCUUUGUCCGGACGUUGUUCAGUGCUGCUCAACUGACUGCUGAAUGUGCCAUUGUCACCCUGGUAUAUCUUGAAAGACUCUUAACUUAUGCAGAGAUAGAUAUUUGUCCAGCAAACUGGAAGCGAAUAGUACUGGGGGCAAUUCUGCUGGCAUCCAAAGUUUGGGACGACCAGGCAGUGUGGAACGUGGAUUACUGCCAGAUCCUGAAGGAUAUCACAGUCGAAGACAUGAAUGAGCUGGAACGCCAGUUUCUUGAGCUGUUACAGUUCAAUAUUAAUGUUCCCUCCAGUGUUUAUGCCAAGUAUUAUUUUGAUUUGCGUUCCCUGGCAGAAGCAAAUAACCUGAGUUUUCCCUUAGAGCCCCUCAGCAGGGACAGGGCAUAUAAACUUGAGGCCAUUUCUCGCCUGUGUGAAGAUAAGUACAAGGACUUCAGGAAAGCUGCGAAGAAGCGGUCGGUCAGUGCUGACAAUCUGACUGUGGUUAGAUGGUCCCCUGCAAUUAUCUCCUAACAGGAGACUGGAAUAUUCCUAUGGACGUACUGUUUCAUCCAUCCAUUUUUUUCAGAGUGGGCUGGGGGCGGGGGGAUAAAGAAAAAAAGACUUUUGAUUUUUUUAUUUUUAAAUCUGUCAAGCUGCCUUUACAGUGCCUCCCCAUUGUGUAGCACACGAGUGAAAUACCUAAUGGAAGGAGAAAUGGAGAAAUUGGUGUUCGGGAGAGAAGAUCGGCAACAAUUAUUUUCUCACUUCCACUAACAGCUUUACACUUCUAUGAGGAAACAGCAAAUCAGGUGCUUGGAAGAAGAAACAAAAAAAUGAAGUAGAGGCAGAAAAAUAUUUAAGAACUCUGCCAUUUUCUAUUGUACUCAUGAAGGGAAAUGGCAGCAUGAAAAAAACGUGUAGUCAGAUGACUGUGCGCUAGAGGAAUGACAUUGGGAGAGUUCCAUCUUAAAGGUUUCUCUUAAUAUCUUUUUUUGUUGAUGUUGUUGUUGUUGUUUUGCAUUCCUCAUUGCUGCUUCCCAGGAUAAAUUCUUCCCCUUGCACAGCAGGAAAUACAAAGUCUGUAUUUACAGUAGCACAAGCCCCUGAAUAAAUAGUGUUGGGUUUUUUCACUGCACUUUUCUCUGUAACCUGUCUUAUUAGCAUUAUUCUUCUUAAUUAUUAUGCAUAUGUUACAUUUCUUGUAUGCCUUUUAUUGUAUUUCAAAAGAGAGAACUUGACCAUAGUGCUGAACCAAAAGUGUGUACAGGGAUCAGAAGAUCUUCGUAAUUUCAUGAUGUGUUUUAUUUAUAGUAUACUUGGGUGCGUGUGCCUUCCUGAGUUCUUGGAAUCAUUUAUUUUUCCAUAAUAUAAAGAUACAGUUGUUAAAGUCUUGAGAUGAUGAUGAUAAGACUUGGGCCAAAUCUCUGAAAUUUGCAACAGAUCUUGUGAUCCUUUUUGCAGAUUUUCAUAACAUUAGAAGUUUAGCAGAAUUCAUCCAUUUUGAAGGAGAUUUUUUUUUUAUGGCCUGACAAGUUCAUUCCUUCACCUCCAGGUCCAUUGUUGCAAGCAAUAUUCUCAAUUUUUAUAUGUUUACCUUAAAUCAAAGUGAGUCUGUUUGUAUAAAAUAAAAAAUAAUAAAAAAAAUUGUUCCAAUGAGAAGGCCUGUAGAAGAGCAGAAUGGAAAUCUUAAUAAGGUAUCUGUCACAAGGAGAUUUGAUUUGGAAGUUAAAAUACAAACCCUCAUGUUUUUCAGUGUAGGUGCUUAUAGAAAUUAAAAGUAACUGAACUGUGAAUAUGAUUUCCAACUCGGAUUAUUAAACUCCUCUGUUGUUAUUAUUAUUAUUUCACUCUUACUGUGGCUGUUCCCCCUUGGCAAUUGUAAGAACCUUUUAUACAAAAUAACCUCUCAGUAUAAACAUAUUUGCUUCAUAACACCGCAGAGUGAUUUCCCCCCCACCCCGUUUUUGUUUUUUUGCACAGUUUAGGAAGAUACAGCUGAAAGCUCUCAGUUCCCUGAAAUCUGUCCUUGUGACUGUCACUGAAGGGAAUGGCAGCAGAUGUCCCCGAUUCGUGCACUACUGUUGUAACCCACAAAGAUUCCGUGUUUGUUUUGUUAAGCCCUAUGGGCUUGUGGCUACCUGGGGGCCAGAGCUGCACUCCUGACUCCCAGGGCCAUGCUGGUCCAGGGCCUCCAGCAGGGAGGCACCCACAGGAUGGAGGCAGUGAAACCAAGCAGUUUCCUGUUAGCUUCCCAGUGUGAUUUGUUUUUUUUUUGAGACAUGAAGGCUUUGUCCAUAAAUUCUCCUGAUGUUCUUUGGGCCUUUAAAAUAAUCUAAUUCUCAUCACUUCUUGUUGUGCCAAUGCAUCAGAACUGUGAGUAUCCAAGUCCAUUUUUCCCUUGAACAUGGAAUGUAAGGCAAGUGUUUAUAACAAAUUACAGCAUUUGAAACCUCUUUACAGAUAGUAUCAAAAGGAACAUUUUCAGAGCAUUUGAAAGUCAUCCUUUAUAAGCAUAAAUUUAGGCUUUAAAAUAUGUAAAAUAUUUUGAUUUAUCAACACUUUGCUAAACUAUUUUCCAUUUAACUUGAUAUCAGGAAUAUUGGUUUUAUCCAUUUCUGGGUGAUAGAGAUAUGAACUUUGGAUUAUGUAAAGAUAUCAAUGCAUCUACUAUAAUUUUUGUGAAGUUUAUUAAACUACUUUAAAGAUUGUAUAGUCUAUUUAUUGUAUGUAUGUACAUACAGUCUGAUACUUUAAAAAGUGGAUUCCGUAAAACCUGGCUCAGUCUUGUUUAGACUAUUGAAUAUCGUUUUAGCCUUGUGCACUGGACUCUACCUCUGUAUAGGAGAAUUUUCCAUAUUCUUAAUUAGUACUGAUUCUGUGAUUAACUUGGUUAUGUUUCUUGCACUAAGAAUUAAAAAAAAUCUGCUGUAAGUGUGGAUUUUUUCUUUAGUUUUACCAUAUGAAUCCUCUACAUUGAGAUGGAUGUUUCUUUCCCUCAUGGUUAUAGAAUAAUUCUUUGCUUUUUCUUCUGGUUUGUUCCAGGGUUGCCAAAAAAUACAGUACCUGUCAGUAAAUCUGAAAAGUGUCUUUUGUUUGCAAGGUAUUCUAUACCAGGUAAUUAAAAACAAAUUAUUAUUUAGGCUUAUGUUGUGUUUAGUGUAGUUUUUUCAGCAUUACUGUAUGGAAAAUACCAUUGCAAAGUUAGAGAAUCACCGGAGAUGUAAGAAGGGAGGAGAACCAUAUAACAUUUUAAUUAACAGCACAAAGACAUUGUAUUUUGCUGUAAAUGUUUUCUGGAUUAAGGUUUUCAUUAUUGCUUUGGUCACCGGCUCAGAACUGAAAAGGUGUAGGAGAUAUAAUAAACCUGUCCCUUCAAGUA